UCAGUAAAAUAAAAAUAUUUCUUUCAUUCUUAAAACUAGUUAUCUUCAUCGUAAAUUAAAAAUGUAUUCAGCAUUUGAAAAAAUUCCAAGUACAAUAGAAAUUAAAAUUGAACCCCCCAACAAACUAACAGUAUCGAAAAAAUUAGAGGCUGCAAAAAGUUUGCUUCACCAGCGGAAAACACAAUGUUCUUCAAUCAAACAACAACACAAAAAGACCAAGCGAGCCCCACUUUUAUACGGAUACAAAUUUUUUUGCAUUUGCCCGAAAUAUAAUCCACAAUAUGCAUGUAAGCAUACAGGCAACGUAAUAAUUGAUCGCGAUGUGCUUACUAAAGAAGAACAUCUGUGUUUCUUAUCAACUCCACGGGAAAAUCUAGCCGCUUCAAGAAAAAGGUCUAGAUAUUAUCAGAAAAAAAUUAGUAGGCCAAAUUGCACAACACGCAUAGAUCAGUUAGCAUUACCUGAUUUGAAACGAGUUCGUGGGACACUAGAAGAAUAUAAGAAUGCACUAAGAAAACGUCAAAUAAACUCGUUAAAACAACAAUUGGACAAGAGAUCUAACGUUGUAUCUUACAAUAUAAAAACUGCCCUUUCAUAUAUCGAAGAAGAAAGACGUUUAAAAAAAGUCGCUAAACUGUUAAGGAAGCAAGAAUGUCGCAAACUAAAAAAGUAUAUUCUUCGAAAGCAACAACGGCAAAUAAGAAGAAUUAUUUGUGCUCUAUUCGAGGAAAUGAGGGACUUUUUACUUAAUGACCAGUUUUUAAUAGAUCAGCAGUCAACUCUUUGUGCAAUUAUUUUGGAACAAAUUCGAAACUUUACCGAUAGCGAGUUUUAUACCACAUCCAACUUACGAGAAUAUCAACAAGUUCUUGCAAAUAAUCUAACAGUAUGGAUUAAUAAGUUUAUUUCCAAUCUUAAUAUACAUAUAUCACCGCCUCCGGUUCCAACAGAACACAUAGAACCAGAAACUUUCCUGCCGGUAUCAGAUUAUAUAUCAUGUUCCGAAUCGAUUGAUAACGAAGAAUGCCAAAUAGAACAAAGUAACUUUUAUUUUGAUGAAAUGAAUGAAGAAGAAAAUGACUACUUUCUCUACACUGAAGACACAAUAACAAAUACAAACCAUUAAUUUGUACCCCUGAAAGACUGUUGAAAAUUUCACUUGUUGGAAGUUUGAUGUCAUGAUUUUUCAAAAUUUCAGUCGGCAUCGCGCGUAUUAGAAAAUGCAAAAAUUUCUGAAA